AUUAUUGAGAAUAGGGAAGCUCGGCAAACACCAACUUCGUACCGGCGCUAACGUAUUGGAUAUGUAUUUUCUACUUAAUUUCUCAUUCUUUUAAUUAAAUCUACAUAAAAAACAUAGACAAACGACCGUAAAAAUCUGGUAAGUUAUUUUAAAAUAAUUCCAUAUAUAUAAAGAAAUCAAAUAAAAAGGGGAGGAGAUCUUUAAGACAUUGUAUAAAUAAGCCUACUGCCCACUACUUAACACAAAGCGAUUAAUAACGAAGGGAUAGGGAUUUAGUAUUAACGAAUAGUGCUUUAAGAAGAUUUAUACGAUUAAGAAGGCAGCUAAACAGUCCCUGGAAUAUUGGAUAGGAAGUAAAAUUGGGCAAAGAAGAAAAAGAGAUGGAUAGAUUGAGAGAGAGAGAGAGAGAGAGAAGAGAUAACCGACGGCUUUAACCUACCAAAGAGGACGUAAACACGGAGAAUGAGUGGACGAUUGUUUAUAUUUACAUUAAAAUAUAAGAAGGAAGAAUACUAGAGAAACGAUAGAUAGACACCUAAUAUACUUUUUCUCUUUCGACAAGUUUUUGUUCGUCCUCUCUCUCUCUCUCACUCUGUCAAUCUCCCUUGUUUUUAUCGUAGGCCUAUGAUUUUUUUUAAAAGUCUUCAUACAUCGAAGAGGUCAAUUUCUAAAACAACUGCUUUCAAUUGUUUCAACAAUUUGUGGAUUGUUUUUCUGUAAUACUUAAACAGCGCCUUAGUUCUCUCUAAAUAAGAUAGAAAAUAUAGAAAAUAUUGAAUAGAAAGGCUAUUUCUUCUUUGCUGAAUGAAAUAUUUUAUAUUAUUAACAGAGGAGAAAAAAUUAUACAUGGACAAAAGAAGAGAAUGGCUACUCUUUCGCAAAUUAUCCUUUUAAUCUGUUUUGGACUAGUUGCUGCUGAAGAUUUAUUAAAAAUACCAGAAAAAGAGUUGGAUCUUGGCUGGUGCGAAUGUACAACAACAUCGCCUUGCAUUAUCAUGUGGAGGAAGGAUGGAGAGAGUACGUUAAGUAUCGGCGGAGAAUUAUACGUAAAUGAUAAUUAUAGACUUCAAACUGCUGGUAAUCCGAUUACAAGAGUAAAAUUAAUAAUUAAGGAGAACGUUUCUCUUAAAAAUUCUACAACAUUUCAUUGCCGUAUUGGAAAUAGAAUAGAGUUUACUGUUGUUGCCAAUCCGGCUAGACUACCUGCUCAAUUGACUAUGAAACCGAAUGAAGAAUUUCCGUGGGAAACUGGAAAAGUGUAUAUGUUAAUUUGCCGUUUAAUAGAUAUUGGAUAUCCAAUAGCUGAUAUUGAAUGGUACAAAAACGAUAUUAGAAUUGGUGUUAAAAGUUCAAUUCUACAGUUUAAACCAUUGAAAAUGGAUGAUAAUAAUUCAACUUAUUACUGUAUGGCUUCCAAUGCGUAUAGUGAAUUUCUUAACGUAAGACUGAUGUCGGAGAGACAAACAAUCCAGAUUAAAAAAAAUUCUAUGAAAUUCAUGUUGAUUAAGAGGAAUAAUUCAACUUGGUCCCAUUUAAGUGAUACUGGAUCAUUUUCGUUUGUUUCUAUUGAUGUUACAGAUACUGGAUAUUAUUAUUGUCGUUGUUUAGACAAUAACGGCAAUUCUCAAGAUUCGGAUAGUCGUUUGUUAAUGAUCAAAGCUCCGCCGAAAGUUUUAGAAACCUCUAAAUCGGUACGCCGCCAGGGUAAUAAUUUUCAAUUGUAUUUUACCUAUACGGGAAUCUCUUUGGUUACUUCGGUUGUUUGGAAGUUGGGCGACUCGACAAUUGAUAAGGAUCGUUAUCAAAUUAAAUCUUACAAUAUGACGGGACAAUACGAAUAUGGUCAAACUAUGGCGAGACGAUCAGAAUUGAACUGGAUAGUUAAUUGCCCGUAUGACGUCUCUUAUAAUGGUUUUUAUCAAGGUCUUAUACAAACGUCAAACGCAACUUAUACUCAAGUUUUAAAAAUUCAAUGGUUCAUUCCCGAUGACCUUUGCGCCGAAUCGAUAACGCCAUCUACCGACUCUACAACUUCCAAUUCCGACGGUCAAAUUGGAGAGAAGAUAUUGAAUUCUGAAAAUUCAAGUACAACAGUAAUUGUAACUAGUGUAUGUGUUGUAUUCUUUGUCGCUCUUGCCGGGUUUUUUGUUAUUAUAUUUUCAUGGAAAAAAUGGCAGUUAAAAAAAUUGCAAUACAAUGAGAGCAGUAGUAAUGGAGACGCUUCCAACUGCAAUACUGUUUGUACAACUUGCAGUGGAGAAGAUAGCGAAAAUAAUUCUGUAACAAACGUUAGACUAAUAAGAAAAAAUUCCCUGCAAAGAGGUACGAGCUUAACAAGCACGUCUAGUAGAGCCCUCCCUCCCGUUCCUCGAUCGAGGAUCAACUCAUCUUCGUCCUCCAAAAGCGCUUUUACGCCAGUUUGCCAUUUACACGCUCCGUUACCAAAUCCUAUCUACGGUAUUUCGGGUCGCUGCUCAAGUUGCGGUCAAUACAGAUUACGUUCGGACGUCAGCGAAUCGGCAAGCUCUCAAUAUGACGUCAUAAACGAUACAUUACCAACAACUUCUGAUACAGCCAUUUAUCAAACUCUUCAGCAUAGCCGAGUCAAUAAUAAUCAGCCUGCAACUCUCGACGAUGUUUACAUGUCGAUGACAAACAAUUUUAGCCAACAACCUUUGGAAACGCCUAUAAAUGCUUUUUAUAGCAAAAUUUUACGACGUUCACCAGAAGUUGGUGCCAUCGUUAAAAUACCGCGUGAAUCGUUUGUUUAA